UUGUUUUUUAAUUUUCUCAACCUUAGCUUCUAAGUCUGCUCUCCUCCUUCUCCAAUCUCUCCCUCAAAUAUUCUCUCUCUUUUCUUUGCAUUCUUUCCCUUCACUCUUCAAUGGCAGGUGCAAAUGCAAUCCACACCAAACACCAAAAACUAGCACCAGAAAAAAACCAAGAUGACCCCAAUAACAAGUUAUAUUACCAUUUUCUCUACAAAGCAGCCUUAGUUGCAAUCUUCUUCGUUAUCCUUCCUAUGUUUCCUUCACAAGCUCCUGACUUUAUCAACCAAUCUCUGGUAACAAGAAACUGGGAACUCCUUCACAUACUGUUUGUUGGUAUUGCAAUCUCUUAUGGCCUCUUCAGCCGUAAAAAUGAUGAGAAGGCGGAGAAAGAGAACAAUGGAACCAAGUUCGAUAACGCGCAGACGCUUGUUUCGAGGUUCCUUCAGGUGUCUUCGUUCUUCGAGGACGAAGCUGAAAUAACCCCUUCUUCUUCUUCUAAUGAAAGCGCCAUCACCACCACCACCACUACCAGCAGCAACAAAGUGCAAACUUGGAACAAUCAACACUACAGGAAGGAGCCUGUGGUGGUUGUGGCAAAUCAGCAACAACCAGCACAACAUCGCUCUAAUUUCGAAAACAAGGGUGGUGGUCGUGGCAAUGGCAGCUUCGCAAGUGGUGAAGGCUCGAGAAUUAUUGGUGAGAAGCCUCUGCUUUUGCCCGUUCGAAGCUUGAAGUCUCGUUUAUGUGAUGAUCCACAUGUUGAUGAUGCUAAUGAAAUUGCUAAACCUGUUAAUGGAACAACAACAAGCUCUGUGUGUCUUAAUAGAUCAAAUUCUAAUAGCAACAAGACAAUAGCGUCCAAAAGAUUCUCACCAAGUAAUUCAAUGAAGACGACAAAUGGUGAAUUUGAAGGUCCCGGUAGUCCAAGAAUUGUGGAAAACACUAAGGACAGUAAUGUUGUGCUUCCAUCUCCAAUUCCAUGGAGAUCAAGGUCAGGGAAAGAAAUUGAGACCCCAACAGCUCAGUAUCCUUCUUCAAUGGAGGAAUCUGAGUUCAACAAGGUGGAAUCAAGAUCAGUGAUGAGGUCCCAAACUUAUUCACGUUCAUCAAGAACAAGUCCCGUUUCAUCUGCAGAGUCAGUUGCAAAGAACUCUGAGAAGGUGAUAAGGAAGGUGGUGUUCUGCAAGUCUUGUCCUCCUCCGCCACCUCCACCGCCGCCCAUGUUCCAGAAAUCAGUCUCUAUGAAACCAUUAAGGUACGGUUCUUCAUUCAGUGGAAGUGGUAGUUCCUUUGAUAAGGAAUUGAAGAGGAGCUUCACAAGUGAAGGGAGAAGAACUUUUAUUGCUGAUAAUAAUAAUAAUAAUAAUAAGAAUAAAAUCAAGAACAUGGGUUCUUUCUCAAAGAGCAAAGAGGUCAAAGAACAAUUUGACGAUCAAGAACCAAGAAGAAAGAGUAACAAAACAGGUAUGGGAUAUGAAAAUAAAAUGUCUUUUAGAACUGACAAAUUCAUGCCAGAGGCAAAAGCUCCAACAACGGAAUUAGCAGAGGAAGAAGAGGAGAAGGAAGAAAGCUUCCUAGACAAGGGGAUGAUGGAAAAUGAUCAUUAUGAUGACGAGGAUGACAACGAUGAUGAGUCCUCAGAAUAUGAAGAUGAAGAUGUUGCUAGAGAAGCAAGGAUGAUGCAGAAAGAGAAAGUGGAAAAUCUACCACCACAUGUUGAAGAAGCCUCAAAGACUGAAGAAGAGGAGGAAGAAGAAAGUGCAGCACCUUCUUCUGACGUAGAUAAGAAAGCUGAUGAGUUCAUAGCCAAGUUUAGGGAGCAAAUAAGGCUUCAGAGAAUCGAGUCCAUCAAGAGGAGUACAAGGACUACUAGGAAAUCUUCAAGGUAAAGUUAAAAAAAUAUCUUGAAGAUCCUUAUUAUAUAAUAGAGUUAUGAGAUGUUAUUAAAAAGAGUGGAUCUUUUGUUUCCACAGUUUUUUUAAGCUUGUAAUUUAAUUUGUAUUUGGAUUUGGAUUCUUCUCCUAUUUACCAACUGACAUAAAUUUAAGGGCAAAACACUAAAAUAAGCCAAUGGGAAGAAAUUUUUACGUAAAUUUGCCAAACCAAAAUUUAGUUCAUGAAUCAACCAAUGCAUGUUUAUAUGUAGUUCGAAUCAAUUAGAUUCGAACUCAAUCUACACAUAAUUCGAAUCAUAUUGAUUCGAAUUAUACACAAAACUCACAAACACAGUAAUUCGAAUCAACUUGAUUCGAAUUACACACAUACAAUAAUUCGAAUCAAGUUGAUUCGAAUUACACCCUGAUUUAUUAAAAAAAUUAAUAAUUUAUUAAAAAAUUUAUUAAAAAAUAAUAAUUUAAAAUUAAAAAAAUAUAUUUUUUAUUUCAUGCAUUAAAAAAAAUCUAACAAAAUAUUUAAUUACGAGACUUUUUUUAAAUAUUAAUGAGCUAUCAAUUCAAAUUUCAUAAAAUACUCUUUUGUCCAUUUUUAAUAGCUCAUGAAUAUUUUUUAAUAAAUUUUUUUAAAUUAUAUGGUGAGAUAUUACAUGAUUCGAAUUACGCAUGGGAAGUUCAAUCACUCUGAUUCGAAUUAUACGGUGAGCAAUUCGAAUUCUAUACAAUACUCUUCUGCCCAUUCUUGAUAGCUCAUGAAUAUUUUUUAAUAAAUUUAUUUUAAUUAUAUAAACCACAAAAAAAUAAUGCAAAAUAAUUUAAAAAAUGACUUAAAAAAUAUUAGGAAUACUAUAAAAAUUUGUAAUGUUCUAAUGAUUUAGGUAAAUAUAUGCAUGUACACAAAUUUUAAAUAAAAUACUCUAGAUAGUCAAUAAUAAUUUAAAAAUUAAAGAAAAUAUUUUAUUCCAUCCAAAAUAAUUAAAAAAUAUAUUUUAUUCUAUACAAAAUAAUUUAAAAAAAUGGCUUAAAAAUGUUACGAGUACUAUAAAAAUUUGUAAUAUUCUAGUGAUUUAGGUAAAUACAUGAUAAAAAUAUAUUUUCUUUAAUUUCUAAAUUAUUAAUGUCCUAAGUCAUUGCAAAUUUUUAUAGUACUCCUAACAUCUUUUAAGCCAUUUUUAAAUUAUUUUGCAUAGAAUAAAAUAUUUUUUGUGGUAUAAUUAAAAUAAAUUUAUUAAAAAGUAUUCAUGAGCUAUCAAGAAUGGACAGAAGAGUAUUGUAUAGAAUUCGAAUUGCUCACCAUAUAAUUCGAAUCAGAGUGAUUGAACUUUCCAUGCGUAAUUCGAAUCAUGUAAUAUCUCACCAUAUAAUUUACAAAAAUUUAUUAAAAAAUAUUCAUGAGCUAUUAAAAAUGGACAAAAGAGUAUUGUAUAGAAUUUGAAUUGAUAGCUCAUUAAUAUUUAAAAAAAAAAGUCUCAUAAUUAAAUAUUUUGUUAGAUUUUUUUUAAUACAUGAAAUAAAAUAUAUAUUUUUUUAAUUUUAAAUUAUUAUUUUUUAAUAAAUUUUUUAAUAAAUUAUUAAUUUUUUUAAUAAAUCAGGGUGUAAUUCGAAUCAACUUGAUUCGAAUUAUUGUAUGUGUGUAAUUCGAAUCAAGUUUAUUCGAAUUAGUGUGUGUGUGAGUUUUGUGUAUAAUUCGAAUCAAUAUGAUUCGAAUUAUGUGUAGAUUGAGUUCGAAUCUAAUUGAUUCGAACUACAUAUAAACAUGCAUUGGUUGAUUCAUGAACUAAAUUUUGGUUUGACGGAUUUACGUAAAAAUUUCUUCCCCUUAGCUUAUUUUAGUGUUUUGCCCUAAAUUUAACCUCUUGUAGUUUCUUGGUUCUACGAAUUGUUUUGUGUUGGUGGUUUUAUUUGUCGGGCUUCACCUUUAGGUUUUGGUGUACAUAACAUUUCAGCUACACCAUAUUGAAUCAGUGCAACCUCUUAUGCUAGAUACGAUUAUGAGAAAAUGAAGUUGCACCGUACAACAAUUGCAU